CUUCAACGCCCGACGACUUGCUCAAGCUCACUGCUUUAAAUCGCCCAAGAUGUCGACCAUCGUUCGGACCUUGCGGAACCUGAGAAGAAUCGGCUUCAAGGAAUAUGGCCACCAAAUGCAGUAUAUUGGUGAUACCAAAGCCGGUACCUUGAUUGGCACCGACCGCUACGGCAACAAAUACUUCGAGAACAUGGAGGAGGAGCUCCCCCUCCGAACACGAUGGGUGGAUUACAAGGAGAAGGAAUAUGACCCUUCGCAGCUCGAGCCUGGCUGGCAUGCCUGGAUCUCGUACCUGGUCGAUGCUCCUCCCACUGCUGAUAAGCUCAUGCAGACUGGCCACCGCAACUGGGAGCUGCCUGAGCACAGGCCCAACCUGACUCUGAGCCGUGCUGCUUUCAAGACUUACUCGACCACCCGGCCUAAGUACUCUGCUUGGGAACCCGUUGCCGCUCCUCGGUAAUUCUAGCAUAGCCGAGUAUAGAAACUGCCUAUGUUUUUCUCCUGGGUUCUUCUGUCCUUGAGUUCGUAAGGAAAGCCCCUAGUUAGAUCUUUCUUUUGCUGGGAUGUGUGUAAAUAAAUAUUUCCUAUUGCGAGUUUUGGUUUCAUCAAGGUCGUUCACGGUCAUAACUGGUUGAUUUUUUCAAGUGGCCACUUAAAUUUUGCUUCUAUAAACAACGCACGACUUGCUCAUCC